AAAAUGGCAGACAAAGACAGUGUUGAGAAGUUUCUUGACAACAACCCGCAGUUUGCAAAGGAGUACUACGAGAAGAAAGUCAAGGCAGAUGUGAUCACUGCUGCUUUCAAUAACCAGGUCCAGGUGAAGGACCCAGCUUCUUACAAGGAUGUCACUACCAUCCAGGAGGCCGAGUUCAUGUUUGAGCUCAUCAAGGAGAUGCAAGGCAGCAACCCAAUGGAAAAAGGAAUGCAUAAAGUUCUGCAGAGGAUUUCUCUACUGAUCCAGGCUGACCGUUGCAGCUACUUUGCCUACAGGUCCAGAAAUGGCUCUCCUGAGCUGGCCACCCUCCUCUUUGAUGUGACAUCCACCAGUCCGUUUGAGAAAAAUCUAGUGAACCCCAAUGUAGAGAUUGUCUUUCCCACUGACAUGGGUAUUGUUGGAUGGACGGCACACUCCAAGAAGCCUCAAAAUAUCCCUGAUGUGAAGAAGGACUCUCAUUUCAGUGACUUUGUGGAUAAGCAGACCAAAUAUACCACCAAAUGCAUGAUUACUGCUCCCAUUAUGUGUGGAAAAGAGCCCGUCGGUGUUGUCAUGGCACUCAACAAGCAAGGUGCUAAUGAAUUCUCAAAGAGUGAUCAGGAGCUCUUCAAUAAAUAUGUGAACUUUGCCGCAGUGAUUGCUAUCCAGGAUCACACUGCUUACAUGUGGGAUGUUGAGUCCAGGAGAAGCCAGGUUUUGCUGUGGUCAGCCAGCAAAGUGUUUGAGGAGUUGACGGAUAUUGAAAGACAGUUUCACAAGGCUUUGUACACAGUGAGGACGUAUCUCAAGUGUGAGAGAUACUCUGUGGGACUCCUGGACAUGACCAAGGAAAAGGAGUUCUUCGAUGAGUGGCCAAUCAAACUAGGAGAACAGGAGCCAUACAAGGGCCCUAAGACACCUGAUGGCAGAGAGGUCAACUUCUACAAGAUUAUUGAUUACUUGUUGGAAGACAAAGAGGAGAUUAAAGUUAUCCCUGGCCCUCCAGCUGACCACUGGGCCCUGGUCAGUGGACUACCAACAUAUGUGGCUGAGAAUGGAUUUAUCUGCAACAUGAUGAAUGCUCCAGCAGAUGAUUAUUUCGCAUUUCAGAAAGAAGCAGUGGAUGAGACUGGAUGGAUGAUAAAGAAUGUCCUCUCCCUCCCUAUUGUCAACAAAAAGGAAGAAAUAGUUGGAAUUGCCACCUUCUUUAACAGGAAAGAUGGCAAACCAUUUGACGAGAAUGAUGAACAAAUUACAGAAGCUCUGACCCAGUUCCUCGGCUGGUCCACACUGAACUGUGACACAUACGACAAACUGAACAGGACAGAGUGGAGGAAAGACGUGGCCCAGGAGAUGCUCAUGUACCAGGCCAGGGCCACACCAAGUGAAAUCCAGAGCAUUCUCAACACUGAAGAGAAGCUUGGCAGCGCUCCAGAGGACUGUGACCAGAAGGAGAUGUACAAACUUUUGAGGGCCAACAUCCCUGAGACUAAAAAGGUGGAGCUGCUGGAGUUCCGCUUCAGCGACUUCCCCUUGUCCGAAUUUGAGCUCAUCAAGUGUGGUAUCCGCUGCUUCUUUGACCUGGGGGUGGUGGAGAAGUUCAAAGUCCCAGCUGAGGUCCUGACAAGGUGGAUGUACACUGUUCGCAAAGGAUACCGUGCCAUCACCUACCACAACUGGAGACAUGGCUUCAAUGUUGGCCAAACCAUGUUCACACUAUUGAUGACAGGUAAUCUGAAGAAGUACUACUCUGAUCUUGAGGCCUUUGCCAUGGUUGCUGCAGGAUUCUGCCAUGAUAUUGACCACAGAGGAACUAACAAUCUCUACCAGACAAAGAGUGCAUCUCCACUGGCAAAGCUCCACAGCUCUUCAGUUAUGGAGCGGCAUCAUCUUGAGUUCAGUAAGACACUGAUGUCGGAUGAGGAACUGAAUAUCUUCCAAAACCUUCAGAAACGUCAGUUUGAGACUGUGCAGCAUCUAUUUGAAGUUUGCAUAAUUGCCACUGAUCUGGCUCUCUAUUUCAAGAAGAGAACAAUGUUCCAGAAAAUUGUGGAAGCUGUAGGGACAAUUCCGGACGAGAAGGAAAGACUUGGCUUCGUCUCUAACAAUGCAACCCGAAAGGAAAUUAUCAUGGCAAUGAUGAUGACAGCAUGUGACCUGUCAGCCAUUACUAAGCCGUGGGAGGUUCAGAGCAAGGUCGCUCUGAUGGUGGCAGCAGAAUUUUGGGAGCAGGGAGACCUAGAAAGGACGGUUCUUGACCAGCAACCUAUUCCUAUGAUGGACAGAAACCAUGCUGAUGAGCUACCCAAGAUGCAGUGUGGCUUCAUUGAUUUUGUGUGCUCCUUUGUGUACAAGGAGUUUUCGAAGUUCCACGAAGAGAUCAAACCCAUGUGGGAUGGCCUGAACAACAACAGGACAGAGUGGAAAGCCCUGGCAGAUGUCCAUGAGGCCAAGAUGAAGGCUAUUGAAGAGGAGAAGAAAAGGCUGGAAGGAGGAGGCCAAGCAGCUGAAGAAGGCGGGAAGUCGAAGACGUGUGUCAUCUCCUAG